UUCCCGUAAGCAACAAAACGAUCGAGACAUGAUUUCGUAAGACGCACGCGUUUCGCUUCUACUUGCUUCAAGACAGCAAAAAGACCACUGAUCCACCAGACUUUGCAAAACUAAAACCACCACAAACCCACCCGCUAAAAGUUCUGAAAUUACAAAAAUAUCUACCUAGAAGCUAUAAUUCUAAUCUUCAAACGUGAUUUGUGUGCAUCUAAAAAAUUGACAAAAAGUGACAUCCAUAUCCAUAAGACUGCCCUUAGAUAUGCAAAUAUAUUUCCACUAGACCUAAGCCACUUAGUUCAAUUCCCCAACCAGUGCAUUUGUGUAUCAGAAUUAUAGUUUGCCAACUAUAUAUUCGAAAAGUUUGAGAAUAACAAAGUGUCCAUCUUAAUUGAAACUUAAACAGCCAACAAGCACUUUUCGGCUUCGGAUUGGAUUUAUUGCGUAAUGGAUUUAAAUUUAGCCGCAACAUUAGCAGCAACCUCAACAACACGGAACGGAUAUGCAUUUAAACACUGAACAUGAUCAAGUAAAACUUCAACCACAAACAACUAGCAGAAUAAGCAGCAACCACUGAACCCCCUAUAUAUAUAUAUACUAUUAUAUAUAUAUAAUCCAGCAUAUAUAUAUUGCGUUAGCUGAGCAACAAUCUAGCUAUAGUCGCCAUGCAUGGACAUCACAACCACACCCAUCUGCAGCAGCAGCAGCAGCCACAGAAUCCGCAGGAGCAGCAGCAGGCAGGAGCCAUCAGCCACUCACAUCCGCAUCCGCACCAGCAGCAUCCGCAUCCUCAUGCCCAUGCCCAGCCACAUCCGCACCCGCAUCCGCAUCACAAACUAUCGGCGAGAAGGGCGCGCAGUCGCAGUCGAAGUCGCAGUCCGUCGCCGGAUGGCAAUCAGGACUACGAUGUGACCAGGAUGCGGGAGGAGGACUUCCAGCGGCUGGCGGUCUACCUGGUGCCGGAUGUCCAGGCGGAGCGGGGGCUGCCCAAUCGGGCGGACAAGACGCUGCCGCGCAGCCUGACGCUCAAGUCAUCCAUGGUCUACUCAACGCCAAAUGUUAAGACUGAAGGAGUUUGGAGCAGCGGGGUCAUCCCACGUGGCACUCGCUUCGGCCCAUUCGAAGGCAUUCCAACCUCAAACUAUCCCAAUGAUAAGAAUAAGGCGCGCUAUUUCUGGCGGGUGCAGGGAACACGCCACAUAACCUACGGGAAUAUUAAGAUCUUCAAGGACGACGACUACUAUUAUCUGGAUGGCUCCGAUCGCUCGCAAUCCAAUUGGAUGCGCUACGUGGCGUCCGCCUAUAGUUUGUCCGUGAUGAACCUGGUGGCCUGUCAGCACCAGGAGAACAUCUACUUCUACACCACCCGCGACAUUCUGCCCAACGAGGAGCUGAUGGUGUGGUACUGCAAGGACUUUGCCAGUCGCCUGGGCUACGAUGUGGAUCCCGAAACGACGAUCUUUGGGGCCUGCAAGCAGGCGGUGGAGGAGGAGGUCGACGACGAGGAGGAGGGGGAGGCGGAGGCGGAGGGGGAGGCGGAGGGAGAGGAUGGCAAGCCGCGUUACUCGAUGCCUGCCCCGGAAAUUCCCGCCGAUGUGGCCGUGAGUCACAUUACCUACGUCAUGGGUCUCCAUCUGCCGGUGGGAGCAGCGGAGCGAAGUGGUGGUGCCGCUACCACCGGUGCCACGCCCCCGCCCCCCUGCCGCCGCUCCAGUCCGCCCGCCCAUGUCAGCACCACCUCGCCCAGCACCACCACCUGCAACCAGCACCACCACCACCCGCACAUCCAGCACGGUCGCCACGCGUCCGUCAUCAUCGGUGGCCAGGAUCGAUCGCCUUUAACCAGCAGCAGCGACAAGGACACGGCGGGAUCUCCGCUCUCCGGCCUGGACCACCAGAUGACCCCCCAGGAUGGCAGCGUGCGGUCGGUGCGCUCGGAUGAGGGCUACCACAGCAACGAGUGCCACGAGGAUGGCCUGACGCCGCCCGAGGAUUCCAGCGACAGCGAAAGCGAACACAACUAUGUGCUCGACUGCUCGAAGAAGGCGAUUGCUCCCAAGGAGACGGUGAUUGCCCAGGCCCAGAAGCCAGUGAGCCAAUCGCCACCGGUGACCAUCACUAUGGCCAAUACGACGACGAGCUCCAUAAAUAGUUCACCCACGGCCACGCCCAUUUGUGAGGCGGACAAGAACGAGUACCGGAAGUUCAAGGUGAAGAUGCCGCUGAAGUACGAGUUCAAGAACAAGAGCUGCGUGAAGCAGGAGCCGUGCGUGAAGGAGGUGGACCAGAUGGAGAUGUCCUCCUGCCAUCAUCCGCAGGAGGAGGAGGAGGAUCAGGCGAUGCACCAGGAGCCCGAUUCCAUUUGCCCUUCGACCACCACCCAUCACUUGGGCGAUGAGCAUGUGAUGAUGAUGGAAAGGGAGAGGGAGCGGGAAAGGGUGAUGGAACGUGAGCCAUCCAACCAGCAACCCGCCUCCUCAACGGUCAUCGUACUGGAGCACAAUUCCGGUGGCCAGUCGCGCACCAUUGUCCCGCUGAGCAAGCCCUACUACGAGCCAGAUCCGCCGGGAGAGCGGUACAUGCGAUUCGGGCAGCCCUCGUCGAGCAUUUUGGAGACCAUCCUGACGGGUCAACAUCGCCUGGAAGCGGCGGCAGCGGCGGCGGCCUGUCGGCAGGCCAAUGCGGCCACACCGCCGCCCACUUCGCCCACGGAGAUGGCCUACAGCUACAAGAAGUCGCAGCGAUACGGCAAUGCCGUGAGUCCCGACAGCAGCUCCAAUCUGGGACAGAAUCCCGACCAGCAGCAGCUCUCCUCCUCCUCGGCGGUUGGAGUGGUGGUCAGCGAACAGGAGAUGACCAGGGGUACGCUGAUCAAGGGAGAAUGCUCGCCACCACCGCCCAGUCACCAUCAUCACAACGUCAUCUUUUCACCGUCGCGGCAUGCUGCCUAUUUGGGCGGUGGAGAGGCGGUGGGUGGUCAUCACUCGCCCAGUCCCGGCUAUCCGGGAUAUCCCCACUAUGGAGCGGCGGCCACCUCGACCUUCCACUCGCCGCCGCACAGUUCGCAUUCCCCCUUCGACCGGCAGUCGAAUGCCUCGAGUGGCGGCGGUUCCGCCUCCAAUCUCCAUUUGCUGCAAACGAGCACCCAGAUGCUGAACCACCCCCUCAUGCAGCCCCUCACCCCGCUGCAGCGUCUCUCCCCGCUGAGGAUCUCGCCGCCCAGCAGCCUGAGUCCCGAUGGCAACUCGUGUCCACGCAGCGGCAGCCCACUGAGUCCCAAUUCCCUGGCCUCCCGCGGCUACCGAUCGCUGCCCUAUCCUCUGAAGAAAAAGGACGGCAAGAUGCACUACGAGUGCAAUGUGUGCUGCAAGACCUUCGGUCAGUUGAGCAACCUCAAAGUUCAUUUGAGAACUCAUUCGGGGGAGAGACCCUUUAAAUGCAACGUUUGCACCAAGAGCUUCACCCAGUUGGCGCACCUGCAGAAACAUCACCUGGUGCACACGGGCGAGAAACCGCAUCAGUGCGAUAUUUGCAAGAAGCGCUUCUCGAGCACCUCGAACCUAAAGACUCACCUGAGGCUGCACAGCGGUCAGAAGCCGUAUGCCUGUGAUCUCUGCCCCCAGAAGUUCACACAGUUUGUGCAUCUGAAGCUGCACAAGAGGCUGCAUACGAACGAUAGACCCUAUGUGUGCCAGGGCUGCGAUAAGAAGUACAUCAGUGCUUCGGGCUUGAGGACCCACUGGAAGACCACCAGCUGCAAGCCCAACAAUCUGGAGGAGGAGCUGGCCAUGGCGGCAGCGGCCACAUCGGAGUGUUUGGAUAAAGACCAUCCCGAACCGGACUCUAGAGAAGCCUACGAGCAGCUGACACAGCACAUGCAUCCUGCUGUGCAUCCGGGAUUGAGGCACCUCUCGAAUGGAGGCGCUCAAUCACCGCCGCGAUUGAUACCCCUGGGCAACCACAUGGCGCCACAGCAGCAGCAGCAACAGCAGCAGCCACCGCCCCACCUGCUGAUGGCCCAACAUGCAGUGGGUGGUGCACCCAUGCUGCUGACCACCGCCAGCCAGUUGCCACCACCGCCGCCGUCGCACCACCAACAGAACUCGCCACCCAGCCGCCUGCUGCAACAUGCUGGCCACCCACAUGCGUUGCAGAUGCAACAGCAACAGCAGCAGCAACAUUCGCCCAAGGCACUCAAAUCCCUGCCAGAAUCGGGGGUGUAUCUGCAUGGGCAGCAUGUGCAGGAGCAGGAGAGCAGGCCAUCGGUCAUCGAGUCCUCCAACCAGCCCAUGAUCAUCGAAUGCACGUAGGAGUUGCAUCGAGAUAUUCAAGGAGCAGCUGCAGACCAGAGGAAGUGAUGGAAUCCAAGUGCAAUAAAAUCAAAUAGAGUUAAGAACAGACAGGCAGACAGACAGACGACACCCCUCAAAAAACAGAACAAAACAAAAAAGAAAAGAAAACGCAGCACAAGUAAACGUAACGGUAUUAUUAUAUAGUUGUAUAUAGUUCAAGAUCCCCCCCCUUCGUAAUUCCCCCCCUGAAAUUGAAAACUCAUUUUCGCGCUAUGAAAACUAGAUCUCACCAAUUGGCAAUCCCAUGAAUUCUUCUUCUCAUCAUUAUCAGCAUGGCAGGAGAGCACUAAAGGCAUAUUAUUUUUGAUAAAUAUUUUAUAUAUAUACACACCGUACAUAUAAAAAGGAAGUGAGGAAAUUGGUUAACAGGAAGCGAUUGUUAAUGGGAGAAUAAGGGGAGCCGGCAGCAGAAGAGAAUUUUGCGGAAAACUGAAAACUGAGAACGAGAGAAAGAAAAUGCAUUUAGACUUGACUUUCGACGAUUUUCAUUUUCCUGUUCUGAUUUGUUCUCUCACCUCCUCUCCGUUUGUUUGUUUGUUUGUUUGUUGAGGCGCGCACCUUUAGACGUAGAUUACACAGUUAAAAGUUAAAGGAUUAAUAAGGAUACAUUAACACAUACAAUACAUAGAUUCAAGUUGCCUUAUUUGAAUUUCGUUAGCACUGAAACCCGCGAUAAAACCGUAACCGAAAAUACAUUUGCUUAGGGUCGAUCAUCUCUGUACAGUAAGAACAGAUCUGAAAGGCUUAUAUACGUAUUUUAUAUAUGAAUAUAUCAUUAUUAUACAUACGAAUAUAUAUAUAUUUAUAUGUAUUUUAUUAAAUAUACACAACCGGAACAGCAGCAACAAACAAAUGAUAGCAAAACUGUAAAUAGAAGGAAACCUUAUUUCGGAUUUCGGCAUCUGUUGAACUAGUAUCGCCUAGCUAUAGAUAAUUACAUAGACCACUAGGGAUUACAAUUACCAUUAUCAUUAUUAUGAUUACUAUGAUUAUUACGGAAAAAAACAUAUAAAAACUAAGCAACAAACGAAAAAAAAGAAAACAUAAAGAAAACUUAGCUGAAAAAUCGGUGCUUUUGACUGUUUCCAUUUGUCCACAUUUACAUUUACGAUUGUAUUUGUAUUUCGAAACAUAUGAAUUAUAUUGUAAACCACACUAAAUAUAUAUAAAAUAUAUAGACGUUAGAAUUACACACUCUAGGAUAUUUCCCCCCAAACUACUUUGCGCCUUAAUCACUCAACCUUCCUCCAACUCCUUUAACCUUUGACCUUUAACCACAAACAAAAAACCGAAUCCAAAAAAUUUGCUCGUAUUGUACUUUACCAAAAUUACGCUCUCAAUUAGUCUUCGUUUUCGUCUGAAUAUUAUAUAUGAAAUCUUUAGAUAAACUUAAGCUUAUAAUCUUAAUGAGGCUGACUAGCUUUAAGUAUCGAUAUAAAUCUAUUUAGCGCAUAUUAAUAAAACUAGCCACUAAGGUCUGUAUAUUAAAGGCUGAGCCCAGAGCUCGGCUUCGAUCUGUAAGACACAACACCAAUUCGUAAUGUUUAAGUAUUUGUCUUGUAAAGUACGAGAUACGCGGGGUGGGGAGUUCGGGGAAAUUCUUAAGAAUCCCGAUAAUUGAGACUAAGACUAUGCAAAAGUUUUUGUAUUUUUGUAUUUGAUACAAAGCAAGCAGGAGAGUUAGGGAACGAGUGACGAUGAGAUGUUUUAGCCAUGUAAGGCCUAGGCUAAGCUAGCUUUAAGAUUUCUAAGCAUAUGCAAUAUUUAUAUAUAUACGCAUAAUAUUUCUAAGGAAAAGCAAAACGCAGAAAAGAUGAGACAUGCCUACAUACAUGGAAAAUAUAAAAGAAGAUAAUCAAAAUUAUACAAAAAACACAAAAUUGAUUUUUUAUUUCUCCUUUGGUUUUAAUCUCACAUUUGUUGGUUGUGCAAUCAUCUGUUCAUUUCUUUUCAUUUUGUGCAAUAUUUCGCGAAGCAUCUUUUUAUUUAUUUUCGCCAUAAUUUAAUCGAUUUCAAAUUCGUUUUAUACAAUUACAGAAAUCUACUAAAAUAAGCGACAUAAAUAAUACUUUCCUAUUUGUGAGACUGAAUGAAUUACUAUAUAUACAAUACUCGUAACUCAUAGAAAAGACACCCAAGCUCCAUCGGCAGCCCCUUCUUAUAAAGGUAUGCUGUUGACUUGGAGGAACCCCAGACAUUUCGAUAUAUAUUUUACCGAACCUUUUGUUUGAGCAAGCAUUGUAAUAUAUUACGAUUACGAUACGAAUAUGGAUACAUCUAGGCAUAUAGAUAUAUAUUUAUACAAAGCACA